CUGUCCUGUAAAAGCAGGGUCAGUAAUAAAGCUUGUGGGGUUUAGUUAGCUAUAUAAAGAAGUAACUCAGUCCCCAAAUAGGAAAAGUGCCACAAAUGGAAGACUAAAUGACAGGAUCCCCGGGGAGCAGUGACAGAGAUUUUAUUUCUUACACAGCAAUGGGGGCGGGAACAACCACCUUAUUAACAAACAGUAGGUACAAAAUAAGAAUAAAAAGGGGGGGGGUAAGGGUAUGUUUCUGGCAGAUGCUUACUGCUCUGUGUAGCUAACUAGCUGGCCAAUUGGUCCAGGCCCCCGAGCGGCUGUCAGUCAGGCCAACUGCUGCCAGGCUCUGAUUGACAGAAGAUGGGUAGCCCAACGUCUCCAAGGUCCGUAGUUUUGCCUGUCAAUCCCGGCCCACUUCCGACCUGUCCCCCGUCCACGCGCCCUCCAAACGGGAUCCCCACCCAAGUCCAGCCCAGCCAGGCCCGCAGCCGCCUCCAACCCGAACCCAGCCUGGAACUCCGAACCCGGCGGCCAGGAACAAAGAGGUUCUGGCUUCUUUAAGGGAGAUACCACCGCGCCAGUGGGGCAGGGGACAGCAUCUUCCCAGAUGAUCGCACCCAGCCCGCGUCUCCACCUGGGCAACUGCGCCGGCCGCAAACAUGGCUCAGUGACUCUGACUAAAGGUACAGCCUUCUCCCCGGCUGGGCGCACGCCUCCCGCCGGCCCGCGAGGAAGAAGAUGCUCCGGGCGUCCGGUCCCGGCGAACCCCACAAGCCAGCCCGCCGCUCAGUAGGUCGGCAGGGGCCGAAGAACAGGGUAGGCCGCGACCGGGCACACGGCCUCCGGCCCGGGCCUGUGUAAAUAGCUUCCCUGGAGCCCCGGGGCGUCCGAGUGCGAGCUAGAGCGCCGGCAGGUUCCCGGGCCGCCACCCCUGCGGGGAAGGACCGCGGUGGUGCGCUCUACUGCGUGCACGCAGCUGGCUACUCCCGGGCUCCGCGCCGCGCCGGGGUGGCCACGCCGAGCGCCAUGCGGACCUCGCCCAGCAGGGGGCGCUCGAAGGCGCAAGCGCGCUACGGAAAGCCGGAGGGGGUGGGGCCCGGCGCGAGGGGGUGUGUCCGCGUACCACGGGGGCGCGCGCCCGCCUCUGACUGGAGGCCGCGGCAGCAGAGGCGCGAGCUGCCCGAUAAUGGCGGCCUGCAGAGCUCAUGAGAAGGAGAAGCAGCGGCGGCUGCCCUGAGAAACCUCGAUCUUGAAGAUGGUGAGUAGCCAACCAAAGUACGAUCUAAUACGGGAGGUAGGCCGAGGUAGUUACGGUGUUGUGUAUGAAGCAGUCAUCAGAAAGACCUCUGCAAGAGUAGCGGUGAAGAAAAUCCGAUGCCACGCACCUGAAAAUGUUGAACUAGCCCUUCGUGAAUUCUGGGCACUAAGCAGUAUCAAGAGCCAACAUCCAAAUGUGAUUCACUUGGAGGAAUGCAUCCUACAAAAAGAUGGGAUGGUGCAAAAGAUGUCCCACGGCUCUAAUUCUUCCCUUUAUUUACAGCUUGUAGAGACUUCAUUAAAAGGAGAAAUUGCCUUUGAUCCCAGAAGCGCCUAUUAUUUGUGGUUUGUGAUGGAUUUUUGUGACGGAGGAGAUAUGAAUGAGUAUCUUUUGUCCAGGAAGCCCAAUCGAAAGACAAACACCAGCUUCAUGCUUCAGCUCAGCAGUGCCCUGGCUUUCUUGCAUAAAAACCAGAUCAUCCACCGGGACCUGAAGCCUGACAAUAUCCUGAUCUCUCAGAGCAGGUUGGAUACCAGUGACUUGGAACCCACACUGAAAGUGGCCGAUUUUGGCUUAAGUAAAGUUUGUUCAGCAUCCGGGCAGAACCCAGAAGAACCUGUCAGUGUGAACAAGUGUUUCCUUUCCACAGCAUGUGGCACAGAUUUCUACAUGGCUCCUGAAGUCUGGGAAGGACACUACACGGCGAAAGCUGACAUCUUUGCUCUGGGGAUUAUCAUCUGGGCAAUGCUGGAGAGGAUCACAUUCAUAGACACAGAGACAAAGAAGGAACUCUUAGGGAGCUACGUAAAACAAGGAACCGAGAUUGUGCCUGUUGGGGAGGCACUUCUGGAAAACCCCAAAAUGGAACUUCUCAUCCCUGUGAAGAAAAAGUCUAUGAACGGGCGCAUGAAACAGCUGAUUAAGGAGAUGCUGGCCGCAAACCCUCAGGAUCGUCCUGAUGCAUUCGAACUCGAACUCAGAUUAGUACAAAUUGCAUUUAAAGACAGCAGCUGGGAAACGUGACAUAGUGUUUGCAAGCAAGCAUCUGGAUGGUAUGCUGCUUCUGAUUCAACAGCAAUGCAACAACAUUACAUGGCCGAAAAAGAGUACAAAAGGCUAGACUCCACCUUCUAAAGGGAUACAUUUUAUUGUGGGGUAGUUUUUUUCCUCAUUUUUCUUAAUCCAAGCAGGCCAUUUUUGUUAGUAUGUUUUGAAUGUCUAUUUCCAAUGUGGGUAUGAUUUCUUUUUUAAUGAUCAUUGGUAGAAAUUUGGCAGAAAAAGUCUCUUAAGAACCGAGAAGAGUCCAAUUUUCUGGAAAUCUGUCUUUAAGUAUUUUAGACAUUCCUUGUCAGUAUUAGGCAUUUCCAUGGAAGAAGAGGUUUGCGUGCUGGUAAUGCAACCUUUGAAGCUUUGUAAAGGAAACAUAUAUGUAUAUAUUUAUGUAUAUGUAAGUAUGUGAAUGUGUGCAUUUUGCAUUCCAUAUGAAGAAAAUGCCACUUCUGUUUAAAUUAUUUGAUACAGGUUUGAGAUUUGCUGGUGAAAUCAGUGAUGAAAAAUAAACAAGCCUUCCCUCCCCUGUGCCCUGCCGGUGAAAACGUACUAGAGGGGAUUUUGGUUUUCUGUUUUGUUUCUUCUGUUUUCAUUUUUUUUUUUUUAAACUAUACAUCUUUUUUUGAAGACAUUUUGGAGGGUCUAAAAUGGCUGAUUAAACAUAAUUGACGCUACACAGUUUAAGGCUGCUGGAGUACGUGUGAGCUCCCCAGGGCCCUGUAGUCAGUCAUGCCGUCAUACGGUAGCAGGCUGGCAAGGAUGCCGGCCGUAACUAAGCACUCUUUUAGCUAAUCAAAGUGCUGCACUGGGACACAUGUACUUGAGCCGCUACAGUCUGAUACAGAUCUGAGGAUGGUAUUCUGUUUCUGAAAACAUUGCUAUAAGUGAACUGAUACUUGAUGUAUUAAUUUUUGAUUUUAAGACUUUUUCUGAGUCUCAGCAUAAAGUUGAAGAAACCAAAUGAGCUCCACCCUCACAUUGCCUGCCUUGUGGCUUCUUGUUGGAUCACUGGAAUCCCUCUCAUUCUGCACUGACUCUGUUCUCUCUGGUGUCCUUUGACAUGAUAAUGGGAGUGGAAAUCACUGUCUCAAAUAUUGGUUGUUUUUUUCCAAAGAGAUGAUACAUACAGAGUUUGGCAAAUACUGCCAUUAACUGCUUUUCAAGUAGAAAAGUUGUCAGUUUUAUGCAGCUGCUUGGUAUGGUCUGUGUUAGAAAGCAAGAGACUGUGGCUCCUCUUAAGUUCCAUUUUAGCUGUCUCCAGAUUCCUAAUGCAGGAGACUAAGGAAGAAAUGCUUUCCUAAACUGUAGUCUUCAAGACAAAAUAGAUCUUACCACUGUAUCUAGAUAAAACUUUAGAAAGCACCAGAAUCCCACCUCCCAUGGUGGAGAAUGAACUUAGAACCUUGGGCAUGUACCCCUCAAGCCUACUGGAAUCUUUAUAGAGCACUAAAAUCCAAGUCAGAAUAGGCGGAGCAUGGUGGCACAUGCCUUUAAUCCCAGCACUCAGAAGGCAGAGGCAAGCAGAUCUCUGAGUUCAAGGCCAGCCUGGUCUACAUAGUUCCAGGCCAGCUGGGGCUACAGGGAGACGCUGUCUCAAAAAAACAAAAAACAAAGUCAAAAUUGUAUUAGCAUAUUGAAAUUAAUAAUGGUUUCAUAGUCUCUUCAGCUCUUCAAACUUCCGCAAGUCUUACAGCCAUCCUGCCAUCAUUUCCCCCAUGUAAAGUGUGCUCCAAGGCCUGGGAUGUAGUUCACUGGAGAGGACUUGUCUAGCAUGCAUGAGAUGAUACCCUGGAUUCAAAGCCUAGCAACACUAAAUCAAUAAAUUGUGUUCAGAGGGCAGUCAAUGAUUAAAAACAACACAAAAAAAUUGGAGAAUGUAAAAUUUCUAGAUUCUGUUAUUUAAUCUAGAAGCAUAAGUUUUGAACUGAAAGGUGUUAUUGAAAUAAAACCUUGUCAAAUGAAAAAAAUCAUAUCUAUUUAAUAUGACUUUCAAAUUUAAAUAAAAUUCUUUUGGAGGCAGGCAUGGUGACACACGCCUUUAAUCCCAGCACUCUGGAGGCAGAGACAGGCAGAUCACUAUAAGUUCAAGGCCAGCCUGGUCUAUAUAGUAAAUUCCAGGCCAGCUAGGGCUACAGGGAGACCCUGUCUCAAAAAGACCAAAAAAUAAUUCUUUUGGAAUGAGAAGUGGAGAUAUACUGGAACUUCAUGGUAAUUGAUCGUGGGUUACCAAAUUAACACAGAUCUGACCAAGAGGAUUGAGUUACUGGAAAUCCGAAAUAGUGUCAUUUUAUUGUCCUGUUAAUAAUUUGGGCCAGGCGUGGUGGUGCACGCCUUUAAUCCCAGCACUCGGGAGGCAGAGGCAGGUGGAUCUCUGUGAGUUCAAGGCCAGCCUGGUCUACAUAGUGAGUUCCAGGACAGCUGAGGCUACAGGGAGACCCUGUCUCAAAAAGACCAAAAAAUAAAAAUAAAAAUAAAAAAAUAAUAAUAAUUUGGCCCUUUAUCAGACUGAUUGGUAGGUGACAGUAUCUCAGCUCUACAUUUGCUCUGCAAGUGCCUCUGAGCUUAGAGCUCUGGUUUCCUACUACAGAGUGUGGUUCUGCCUCACUUAAAAUAACGAAUAUAAUUUAGUUCGUCUCUUUUGUUUUGUCUGUUGCUAGGGAUCACACCAAGGGCCUUCUACAUGCUGCACAGAUGCUUUACCACUGAGCUCCAUCCCUGUCCCAAGUAUAAUUUAUUGUGAAAGGUUUUUACCUGUGAAAUAGAAUCCUUUCUUUCAUUAGGAGUAAGGGUGUGAGGUGAUCAGAAAGUUUCUUCUGGAAUUUUCUUUGUGUUCUAAAGUAGCUUAUGAUAUCAAGCAACAGGCUAGUAAUUUCUUGUCUUUGUUCUUUCAGUUGGGUAUUUAUUAAGUACCUACUGUGUGCUCAGCACUAAAGUUUAGUUGAUAACAAUUUAAGAAUGAUAUUUAGGGGGCUUGAGAGAUGGUUCAGCAGUUAGGAGCACUUGCUACCCUUGCAGAAAGUUCAGUUCCCAGCACCCAGCUCACAACCACCUAUAACUCCAGCUCCAAGGGAUCCGACGCCCUCUUCUGGCCUCUGCAGGCACAGCACACACACAUAGCACACAUACACAGACAUACACAUAAUUUAAAAAAAAAAUUUAAUGGCAUUUUAGCCAUGCACCUUCUCCAAUCAU